AUGCGUGCAGCCGGAGAGAGUACCUCUCACGCCUCAGCAGCAGGUGAUUCGUCGCCUGCUGCUGUGAACAGUCCACGUAGUGAGUCACCACGUGCGACAGGUGCAUCCGCUUCGUCUGCAGCGGGUACCGCGAAUCGUUAUCUAGAUGAUCCUUUGAUAGAUCUCAUCUAUUAUGGUGAUUCAGAUGAUGUAUCCGACUCGAAGGCGACACCUCACUCCUCCGGAUCACCCGGGGUGGACACUGCAAGAGCCAGGUUGACCAGUUUUGGGGAACGUGGCGGCAUCAUACUCGAUAUCUUUGGAUCGAGAGAUUGUCCCGAUGAAUCCUCGCCCCAUGCGAGUGAAUUCAACGAUAGAACGCGUAAGGAAGGUGGUGAUUCACCUAUACGUCACCACGAGCGAAGUAAUUCGAGGGAUCGAGGUGUCACUGGUGUCAGUGCUCAUGCUGGCACCAAUCCAGAGGCUAGGGACCGAAAUGUCCUGCGCCACGCUCUUCAAGUGGAUUCUCCUUGGAUGCCAUCAUCCAAGGAGUUGGACCGGUUGUCCGGCAUGACUACCAAUCGAGAUCUAAUCUCGUUGUUUGAUUUGAGGGAGAUUUUCCCAUAUAAUUCCAGCACGGAAACUAUCCGUGCUGAGGAAGAAUUCUUCACCGAUGCAUUUUUUAAACAUCGGUGGUACAGUGGUAGCCGUGUUCAAGACAAUAAGGCCUUGAUCCAAGGAUGGAAUGCCCUCAUCCAUGAAAUCGAGUGCAUUGGCCGUCAUGCAUGGCUUGGUAGCUCGCAUCAGGGUUGA